GGGAGGAGAGGAAGAGGGGGAGGGGGAAGCUGUUGCAUGAAGCAGCCACACAAAGAACCUGGGCUUGUGAAAAGAGAGCGUAAGGAAGAAAGAGACAUCUCACAGAGAGAAAGUAGCCUGAAAGGAGAUGCAAAUCACAUUGUCCUGAAGUUGUGCCAGAAACAGACAUCGAGAGAAAUGUUCCAGGCUAAAAUGCCCAAUACUCCAGCUGCAGGCCAUGAUUCUGGGUGCAGCCCUGCAGUCAGCGUGGUGCAAAGAUCAAAGUCUUUUAGCAUGAAGCCUGCAGUCAGAGAGCUGUGCUCGUCCUGCCAGAAAACCGUGUAUCCCAUGGAGCGGCUAGUGGCCGACAAACACAUCUUUCACAACUCCUGUUUCUGCUGUAAGCACUGCAGUGCCAAGCUAAGCCUGGGGACCUAUGCCGCACUUCAUGGAGAGUUUUACUGCAAGCCUCACUUCCAGCAGCUCUUCAAGAGCAAAGGAAAUUACGAUGAAGGAUUUGGUCGCCGACCUCAUAAAGAUUUGUGGACCCACAAGGAGACGGAGGCGUCAGGAGACAAAGCACCCUGAGGGUCCCCCAGUGCUGGGGGCGCCAUGGCUGGGGGGUGGAUUUUAAUGCAGAUGAAGGCACUUUCCAUAGGUUGUAACUGGUUCAGUCAACCUCUUUCCUGCUGGAGUAGAGGUUCACAUGCUGCCUGGUCCCAGAAUUCCUCCCUAGGGCCCUAUUGACCCAGGGACUAAAGGCUAUUCAUCCUAUUCUGUGUACUUACAGUUCACAUUUUUACAUUCCAGGGUGAAGCAGCCUUUUUGAAUUCUGGGUUCACAUGGCCAACGGGAUGGGUGGGGGCGGGUGGUGGUUGAGUAAUAGUGUCCUGUUUGAUUGUUGGGGGCAUUAGCCAAUGCUGCAGGGGCUAGGUUACCAAUGGUCAACUUGUGCAGCUGUUUUUGUUUUUAUACAUAUCUCAGGGGCGGGCUGUUGGGAGUUUAUAAGGGGGUUGAAGGCAAAUCAUUCUCAGGAGACACGGACAGUGUGCAUAUAUGUGUUUCUGUAGUGUUCCCUUACCCCUGAAGGAGGCCAUUUGUUUACGUCACCUGGACAGUGACAAGGACAUUGCAUUGUUGAGUUAUGGAGACUGGUCUGUCCUUUCAGAUCUGAGAAACCUUACGAAUACCCCUGAGCUCGGUCAGCAUCCAUGCAGUCGGCUAGUUCAGGAAUUAAAGUGGCCAAGUAUAGUGAUUGGUUCUCUUCCAAGCCCUCUUACUUUAAUUCCCCCAAAACCUCAUCAGUCUCUCCUUCUGUAAAGAAGAGGGAGGCUGCAACAUUCCUUAACUCUUUAGCUGUCAGCAGGGUCCAAUGGCAGCACAAGGGGCUAUUAAUUCUCUCUGCACUUGGGUUGAUGGAUCGUUUACAGACUUGAACUUACUGGUACCUUUCCAGCUCUGAUUGUACAAUAGAAGCCUCACUGCUCCAGAUUUAGUGAGUGUUACCCUGAUGCAGUGCAUUGUGGGUCUUGCCAGUGCUCCCAGUUAACAGUAUCUGGGAUUUUACUGCUUUUACCCUUGCCCACUCCUUGCCAGGGAAGGAUGGGCUUUGAAGGGGAAAUACUGAACUAUACCUUCUCUUGCAUGCCGUACCAGGCUGCAUAGGAUAAAUGCUAUAAAUUCUGCCAAUAGACUUUUGUUCAAGGAAAUUAGUGGUGCUUACCCAGUCAGCUUUAUUGAGGAGCAAAUUAAAUUUUACACAUAUUGCCCCUUUAUGUUUCAAAAAAGUUAAAGGAAAAGGCAUUUUCUUGGGAAAAUAAGGAAAUAAAGGCCUGGACAUGCAGUGCAGCUAUCCUAUAUAGUGGCUAAUUAUGCUGGAGAUCAGGCACAUAGGCAUCCUUUGGCAAUAUGUAAGCUCGGGGAAGAUCAUGCUAGGGGUUUGUCAGAUGUGCAAAAAUCAGAGUUUAAAUAGAAACUAUACCAAAAACAACUAGUAACUUGGACUUUUAAAUAUUUUCUUUUGACAUAGAUUGGGGGGGACGUAGUACUGCAAAACUUUCCUGUACAUAGGACUUAAGUGUCAUGCACUGGAUCUUCCAUGCAAGAAGCUGCAACCUGUGCCUCCCCUGCCAGUGGGCUGAAUUCAGCUCCAGCGGGUGAGUCCCAGGUUGCAGAAGGCUGUUAUGAAGGAACACUCCCAUCUGGUGGCAAUCCGGACAAACUACAACAAAAGCACACACAUUCAUACACAUUACAGAGAUUUAUAGGCUAUAGAUUGCACAAGCACCGUCUCUGUUCAAUGGAUCUCAGGACCCACUUACAAUCUGUCUGUAGACUGGGAGCUGAACUCUUUUUCUGUGUAUAUUCUACACCCUUGUUCUGCCUUAUCCUUCUCCUAGCUCCUCUCCGGCUCUGUGCCUUUGGCUGCAUAUUAUCAGGGUGUUGCCCUUGGCCCCUAAAGCAUAAUCUCUUUCUGUGCUUAUGGAUAUGCCAGUGUACGACUGUUCUGUAAUACAGGGUAAUUAUAUAAAGCAUCUUGCUGUUUUGUUCUAUA